CAAAAUGUCCGUUACAAAUAGACCCCAAAAAUUCCCACCUCCAUCAACUCCUUUAACCUAGGGUUUUGAGGUUACUGUUAAACCCUAAAUCCCAUCAAAUUCUUCCAAAAUCAAGCUUGAGAAAACCCCAUUUCAGCUUUCAUUUACAACCUCAAAAUCUCUUUCGAUGUGUCAAUCAACAAUGGGCUUCGAGCCCAUGUUGAAAGAAUCAAUCAAUCACUUCUUGGCCUCAUACCGAAAUGGAAGUUGUGAUUUCUCUGUUUUUGAGUCCAUUUUCUUUCGUUUAGUCCAAACAAUGCCUGACCCACCUCUUGAAAUUACAUGGUUUUACUCUGCUGUCACUUUUCACUCUUCAAAAUCAGCUGGUUUUAGCAAAACUAUUGUUGCUAAGGACUUGUUUCAGUUGCUAAUUUCGUGUUCGUGUAAUGGGACGAAAAAGAUUGCCUUGCUUGCCCCGUUAAUCUAUGUUUUGCAUGAUAUAGUUUGUGAGUUUUCGCGAAAUGGAUUGUGCUUGACUAGUGAAAUUAGGGAGUUGGUAGAGAAAAUUGUUGAUUAUAUAUGUCUAUGUUUGGUUGUGCCUGAAAAUGGAAAUGUGAUUGAUGAGGAUAUUGUUUGUUUUGAGGAAUUGGCUGGGGUUUGGAUGGUUGAUUUGGUUGGGAAGUGUGCUAAACUUGAGGAGAACUUAGGAGUUUUCUUUCCGAUUGUUAGAGUUGAGGUUCAGAAAGGUCAGAAAAGUAGGCGCGGGAUCAGGGAUCUAGCUGGUAUUGUAAUGUGUGAGGUGUUCUUGCUUGCUUUGUCUUUGAAGUUUAAUAUGAGGUUUGUAAAUGAGGAGUUCCAAAAGGAUGCACGAAACUGGGCAAUUCAGACUCUCAAGCAGUUCCAAAAUAUUGAAUUUUUAGAUAUGCUUCUCAGAAUUCUCUCGGAAAAAAAGCUUGUGGUCACUGCCUUAUUGAGUUUUGAAGAUGCAGUUGUUCUACAGAAACUUUUGUAUGAUGCUGUGAUACUGGUUGAUCAUUCAUUUAUAAGUUCUGGCAGAUGGUUUCAGCCACCAGAAUCCUACUUCAGGAACUUGGUUUUGCUAUGGUCCUUGGUAGCGGACAACGCCAUACAGUUUGCUAGGGAAAUAUGUGAUCAAGAUAGGCUGACUGCUUAUGUAAAUGCUUUCUCUGAGUCUCAGCUACCCAGUGAGUUACUUAAAUGGGUCUCUGUCCGAGCUGGCACAGAAGAGAACCUGAGUAAUCCAAAACCUAUGACACCUAAAGCUCUCAUAAAGUGGCUUUUUGUCCUGGAAGACCAAGGUCUCUGGGUGUUUGAUCAUGACAAACUGAAGUUCGAUGCCAAGGCAGCAAUAUGCAUUUCAAGGCCGGACUGCUUUCUCCCUGAAGUUCAGCCCAGAGGCUGGACUGAUAAAGAGAGAGAGCAUAGGGAAGGAAAAUGCAUUGGGGAUGAGGAAAUGAACGAUUCAUUGGACAAAACAUUCUCUAAUGCUUACCUCUGUAAAGAUAAAUUGCCUAUUGAUAGUAGCAGAAAGCGCAAAGAUCUAGUGAAGGACACAGAUAUAAGAGGAACACCAGUCAAGCUUGUUAAGUAUAAUGUUCGUGAAAGCCCAAACAGAGAGAAGUUUCUUCCUUUCUCUGAUGAAGAUAUGGAAGUGAUGGGGUGAUGGAACCAAAGCU